CAGCUCUCCUACAUUAGCGGGUCUAUUAUUGAUAAAGAAAGUGGCCGCUCAUUUCUGGAAAUGGACCUCCAAUCUUUCGAGUAACCUUCAUGUAGGAUAAAAUAACGCGUCGUCCAAGAUAAUCCUCUAAAGGCCUAUUAGUCUAUAUGUGAUAGCAUGGCAACACGCGUUAUGGAUGGGCGUACAUCUGUGACGUGUGGAAAUUGGAGAAGCGGUGGUUCAGACAAGAAAUUCAGACGUCUGUACGAAGCUUGUCAAAAUGAUGAUGAAACAGCUUGUUUGGAACUUGGAAAAUGUUACGUUUAUGGUCCCUCUGGAUUCCAUAAGGACAUUUUGCUUGGAGAGUUUUACAUUGCUAAAGCCGCAAGACAGGGUAACAAAGAGGCCAUUGUGUUACUGAACGAAAUACCAGCAUUACUGUCAGAAGGGCCUGUUGAAAAUAGAGACAACGUUUGGAUUGAGGAAGCGUCUGCCAAGUUGAAAAGAAGUAAAGGGAAUUGUGUAUUGCCUCGUCUUCCUGUUGGGAGCUACAUAUAUAUUACAGAAAACGAAUUUACUGUUGUAAAUAAAGAGCGGGCAAAACAAUCACAGGGUGCAUUGACGGACGGUUUACGAAGUUGGCAAAAAGCAUGGCCAAAGGAAAUAGUUGACUCAUUUGAGGAUUCCCCUACUGCAAGAAAAUACGUCAAAGCCAUCGAACUCAUGCAAGCUGGGCACAACAUGCUCGUCAAUCCACCAAAUAAGGAAGAUCGCUUCAAACAAGUGGAAGGCAUUCACUUGUACAUGGAAGGUCAUUUCUAUGAGCCAAUGGCAAAGAACACAGUUCCAUUAUGGCAACCUCAUUUUGAUGAUGUUGAUAAGCUUAUAACGGAUACACUGAAAGAAAACAAAAAUGACUUUGCGUGUCGUCUUUUAAGGAUAUGUAUGUAUUCUGAAAUCGAGCCAUAUCGGUCAAAUUCGGAAGAUCUUAUCGUGACGCUCGAGAUUUUGGUGAAUGAUAUCAACGUGUACACUGCAACAGACAGACAAGUUCAAGAGAACAAAGGAACUGAGCGUGUGAAGAUGAUUAAAGCUGAUGCUUUGGAAAUUCUCGGUGCCUUGUACUUCACUUCAGACCAAUACUUGAGGUCAAACGACAGUUUUGGAAAAUGUCUUGAUAUUUUCCCUUCACAUCCGGGUGCUUUAUAUGGCGUGGCAUUCACUCAGUUCAGAAAUGAUGCGGCCCCAAUACGCAAUCAUGAUAAUACACAAAAUCCAAUUGAAAAUGAAAUGGAGCAAAAUGUCACUGACCAGAACAAGGACAUAGGAAAAACUGAAUCUGAAUCAGCAUUCAAACGGUACCUACGCAUUGCUCCGAAGUGCGACCGUAAAUAUCACUCCGCACUCUACAUGUCAGCCUUUGAGAGCUGGCAAAACAAUAACUGUCGGGAUAUGGUGGAUCUCUUUGAGAUGGCCGUGAAUAUUGAGAAGAAAUCUUUACCUAUGUACCAUAUGCAAAAUAAACCUGCAGGCUACAAUAUAAUAGUGGCGAUGUAUCCUUUCAUUAAGUCUCGCCUAUGUGCCAAUACAAACUGUACCUUCCAAAGUAAAGAUCCCGAAGAGGUUCUGCGUGCACCACCGGGAAAACGUUGCAGUAAGUGUAAGAUGGUGAGAUAUUGCACAAGCGAUUGCCAGGCUGCCCAUUGGCCAAAGCAUAAACUUACGUGUAAGAAAAUAAAGUGAAGACGUGCUGUACAUAUACACGUACAUGUAAAAGAAUGAAGUGACAAAAAUCAGUACAUACAUUUAAAUGUAACAGGAUGAAGUGAAAUUUUCGUUUUGCAUAGUUAAUAAAAAUGUUGAAAAAAUCGAAAUGAUCUAAUAUACGUAUGUAUCACCUUUG